AUUUUUAAAGGUUUUGGGGUUUUUUUUAAUCUUUACCAACCCCUUGUGGGAAGUUUCUUACUAGUGCUGGGACCAGUACACCAGACCAGAGCAGUCCCUCUCCUGGAGCCCAGGUUAUCCCCUCCUCCUGCACAAAGACCCUCUAAAGACUGAAGAUGACGACAGACACGCCAGAGAGCAAUAACACCAGGUCCAGCGCUCCCCUCCUGACUCAGAGGCACCUGAGGCUGGUGACCAAGGAUGGGCACAGCACGUUCCACAUGGGCGGGACCAAAGGCGUGCCGUACCUCCGAGACGUGUGGGGGAUACUCAUGGACAUGCGCUGGAGAUGGAUGGUGCUCGUCUUCUCCGCUUCCUUUGUCCUUCACUGGCUGCUCUUUGCAGUGCUCUGGUAUCUGCUGGCUGAGAUGAAUGGGGACCUGGAGCUGGACCAUGAUGAUCCACCUGCCAACCACACUAUAUGUGUCAAGCACGUCACCAGUUUUACAGCCGCCUUCUCCUUCUCGCUGGAGACACAACUCACCAUUGGCUACGGCACCAUGUUCCCAAGUGGGGACUGUCCCAGUGCCGUGGCACUGCUGGCAUUCCAGAUGGUCCUGGGGCUCAUGCUAGAAGCCCUCCUCACAGGUGCUUUCGUGGCCAAGAUUGCACGCCCAAAGAACCGGGCACUCUCCAUCCGCUUCUCUCGCUCCGCCGUGGUCACAUACAACGAGGGGAAGCCUCAGCUCAUGUUCCAGGUGGCCAACAUUCGCUCCAGGCCUCUGAUCAACGUCCAGAUCUCUGCUAUACUUUACGAAGAGCAAGAGAGUGGCCAGCUGCACCAAACUAGCAUUGACUUUCACCUGGACAGCAUCACUACACAUGAGUAUCCAUUUUUCAUUUUCCCUCUGACCUACUACCACAACAUCACUGCAUCCAGCCCACUGGCUGUUCUCCUUUGGAGAGAAGUUCCUCCCCACUUUGAGCUGGUUGUUUUCCUGUCAGCUGCGCAGGAGGGCACAGGAGAACCGUGCCAGAAGAGAACGUCCUACCUCCCGUCAGAGAUCCUGGUGUACCACCGCUUCGCCUCCCUGCUAGCCCGCAAUGCCAAAGGCGAAUACCAGACCACGAUGGAGAAUUUUGACAAGACUAUUCCUGAGCACCCAGCUGCACCUGACUCAAAGAGUCCAAAAAGGACUGACAAGGAGAUCCGCGUCAAUGGACAGCCUAUCGACAGCUUCUAACACUCUCAGACUGGCCUCACAAAGUAGAGAGAGCAAACCUUGAACUUUGUGCUUUUUUAAUUAUUAUUACAUUAAACUUGUGGGGUUCAGUUUAAAAACUUACUUCCCUGCCUGCCCUGCCAUCUUCUAGCGAUCUCUCUCUUGUAGUCCCAUCCUUCUGAUUACAACGUGAAAUACAGAGUGAAGAGAAUGCGUGUGCCCACCGAUGAGAGGCUGCAUUAACCACCCAGCAUGAAGUCACCACUGAAUCACAGUACUAAUUCUUGGGAAAUUAGAAGAGCUAUCUCCUGAAUUCACCAGACUAUGAUUAAAGCCACACUGACCCAAAAGGAGAGAUCUUCAAAACUCCUAAAGCUGAGCAAAGUCAUAAUUAACCAGCUUGUGACAAAAUGGACAACAAAACAAAAGCAGAAAACAAAAUGGGGUCAUUCAGUGAAUACAUGAGUUCUGGUAUAAGUAACUCUGUUCAUCCAAAAGCCUAGCUUUGCUAUUCUCUCUUCUAUCUCUUUGGGAAUACAGACUUACAUCAUUUUUCAGAUGGCUGAAAGUCCUGCCAAUCUCUCAUGGCAGUGAACAGCACUCCGGCUGUGCUUAUUAAGCAGAAUUAUAUAUCCUAAGUGCAGUUCUUCAUUCUGCCAAAUAAGAGAGCAUCUCACUCUCAGACCGGUCUAUGAAGACACUAUCAAAAAAUCUAGGUGUAUAUGACAAAUACUGCAAUGGAAACUUUUUCUUAUUUGAAAACACUGAAUAAAUUACUUAGCAGUGGGAAAAAAAAAUACUAUUUCUAAUGAAUGAAUGUAGGGGGUUUUUUAAAGGCCCAUACAUUCCACAUGUUUUCACUUUUGCGUUGCUUGUCUCAAGUAUAUCAGACCCAGAAGGACACAAUAUAUGUAUGAGAAGUAGAACUGCAUCCAUUGAUAUUUUAUGCUUUCUAACAUCAAUCUUUGCCUGUACACACAGCACAAAAAAUAUUUAGAGACACUGAAUCAAUUUUGAAAUAAAAAAUUAAAACAAACU